AGAGAUGUGCACUUGCAUUUUCAAGAAAUAUUGAAAACUUCGGGCAAUUUAUUAUUGCUGACAUAUAAACAGGCUUCAGAAUGUUGAGGAAUAUUAUAGCAGGUGCCUUAUCUAAUCUUUUGAGCGCCAUAGAAAAAAGUGUCGUUGAGAAUGUGAAGGGUUUCCAUGAUAUGGGCAUAGAUAUAUCGCGCGCAUUUUUACAAGAGCCUGGCGUGCAGGAGCUUUUGGCGAGUAAUCAAACAUUCGAUGCCGUUAUUUGCGAAAUUUUUCUCUCUGAAUCCCUAUUUGGUCUAAGCGAGCACUUCAAUGCACCGCUAAUAGGUUUGGGUACCUUUGGCGCGCAUCCCUGGAACACAGAUAUGGUUGGUUCUCCUUCUCCGCCAUCGUAUGUACCGAGCGCAAUGCUGCCAUUCACCGAUCACAUGACCUUGCUGCAAAGAGUUGGAAAUUUGGCUUACAAUAUCUUCGAGCGUUUGCUACUUGAUGUAUACUAUUUACCACAACAAGAAGCGUUGUACAAGAAAUUCUUUCCGAACAACAAACGUGAUAUGUACGAUGUGCGACGUAAUGCCGCUUUGGUGCUGGUCAACCAGCACGUCUCGCUCAGCUACUCCCGGCCUUAUGUACAUAAUCAUAUCGAAGUUGGUGGCAUGCAUAUCAAUCGUAAACGCUCACCACUGCCAGCUGAUUUGGAACGUUUUAUCAAUGGUUCACAACAUGGUGUAAUCUAUUUCUCGAUGGGUUCCAAUUUACGCAGCAAAAAUUUACCGCUGGAGAAGCGUCAAGCAAUACUCGAAACAUUCCGUGGCCUAAAGCAGCGUGUGUUGUGGAAAUUUGAAGAUCCAAAUCUCGAGGGUAAACCUGAUAAUGUGUACAUAAGCGAAUGGUUUCCACAAGACGAUGUACUCGCUCAUCCCAAUGUGCGCAUCUUCAUCACACAUGGCGGCCUACUCAGCACCACUGAAUCGAUUUACCACGGCAAACCUUUUAUUGGCAUACCGAUCUUCGGUGAUCAGUUUUUGAAUAUGAAUCGCGCGCAAGCCGGUGGUUACGGCAUACGUGUGGAUUAUACCACACUGACAAAGGACAACUUCAAGGCGGCCAUUGAGCGCAUGUUGGCCGAUGACAGCUAUGCCAAGCGUGUGGCCGAUAUGUCAGCGCGUUAUCGUGAUCAGCCCAUAGAACCGCUGGAUUUGGCCGUCUACUGGGUGGAGUAUGUGGUGAGAAAUAAAGGCGCCAAGCAUUUGCAUUGUGCUGGACAGGAUUUGAAUUUCAUACAGUAUCAUAGCAUAGAUGUUUUGUCGAUCGUUGUUGGUGGGCUCUCCGCGGUGCUCUUGCUGAUCUUCGUGCUAAUACGAGUCGCAUGGCGUUGGCUGCAAUCUGCGCUGGCACGCAAGGAUGUCAAGCAGAAGAAGCAUUGAAGUGGAUGAAGGGCAUUAGUUACGAAGUAACUAAGUCAUUUUAGCUAGCCGGCUAACUAGUCAUUAAAAAUGGUGCUUUUUUAAGUUUUCAGGCGUGUUUAAAGAAAAUAAAGAGAGUUAACAAAAUUGAACAAACUUUUGCGUAAAGGGAAAUACGUACAUACAUAUUUGCGUGAGGAAAAAAAUAAGGUACAUUGAGCCA